GGCAAGCUUGAGGGUGCAAACUAGUUACUUCAAGGCGAGUCUCUAAAAUAAAGAUGGCUUCAUUUAUCAAACCUUGUAUUCUUCGCUGCCUUUUAAGGACUGCCAGGCAAAUCAGACAGCGAAAGACAAGGGAAACGCCAAUCUUUUGGAGAAGCUACACCUCUGAUGGAGACAACAAAGUACCUAAAAUUUAUACCAAAACAGGCGACAAAGGUUUCUCCAGCACAUUUACAGGAGAAAGGAGACCAAAAGAAGAUCAUAUUUUUGAAGCGUUAGGAAAUACUGAUGAACUGUCAGCAGCUAUAGGCUUGGCCAGAGAGUUUUGUCUUGAAAAAGGUCAUACAUUCACUCACCAGCUGGACAAGAUACAAUGUGUUUUGCAAGAUGUUGGCUCCAAUAUUGCCACCCCUCUAUCAUCUGCAAGAGAAAGUCAUUUAACGCGAACAAAAUUUACUGCAAUACCAAUAGCAGACUUGGAAGGUUGGAUUGAUACAUUGACUGAGGAACUCCCUCCUUUAACAAACUUCAUUUUACCUUCUGGAGGAAAGAGCAGCACAGCUUUGCACAUAGCUCGGACAGUCUGUCGUAGAGCUGAGAGAAGCGUUGCUCCAAUUGUGCGCUCAGGGGAGGCAGAUCCAGAUGUUGCAAGGUUUUUAAAUAGAUUAAGCGACUAUCUCUUCACUGUGGCCAGAUAUGCAGCCCUAAAGGAAAACAACAAGGAGAAAAUCUACAAAAGACCUGAGUAAUGUCAGGAUUAUUAUAAUAAAAAUAAUUUGGCCUGUACAUUCAUCUGUAUAUUUAACAGUUUAAGUAUAGCAUUAAAAACAUUUGGAGGUCAAAAUCUCGAUGUUUG